AUGACAAAUACUGUCACAAUGAAUAAUAAUAAUAAUAAUAAUAAUAAUAAUGUAUCAGACGAAAAUCGAAAAAAACGCAAAGUAAAACGUGUUACUAUUGAAUUAGGAGAUUUAACACAACAUAAUUUAAAACAACUUAAAGUUCUUAAUCGAGAUGUUUUUCCAGUUGCUUAUAAUGAAAAAUUUUAUAAAGAUUUAUUAGUUUCUGGUGAAUUAUGCAAAUUAGCUUAUUGUAACGACAUUGUCGUUGGUGCUGUAUGUUGUCGUAUUGAUUUAUCGGAAAAUCGUCGACGUUUAUAUAUUAUGACAUUAGGUGUUCUUGCAAAAUAUCGUGAACUUGGCUUAGGUACAUUAAUGCUUGAACAUGUAUUUAAAAUUUGUGAACGUGAAGGCAAUAUAGAUAGUAUAUAUUUACAUGUUCAAAUUAAUAAUGAAACUGCUUUAUCAUUUUAUAAAAAAUUUGGUUUUCAAAUUAUUUCAACAGCAACAGAAUAUUAUCGACGUUUAGAACCAUGUGAUGCUUAUUUACUCGAACGUUCAUUAAAGAAAACACAAACAAAUGAACAAACAGCAUCAGGUACAUCACCUGUUAAACAAAAUUCUAAAAAAAUUCCUACAGUACCUUUAUCAACAAUUACAGAUGUCGAUUAA